CAACACUCGACACUCCCGUCCCGAUGUUUUAGUGCUGGCUGGUGUUCAAUUUCCCCCCCUUCAACCUCUCUCUUUCCUUUCGACGGCACAAGGGGUUUUUGGCCCCCUCGAAGUGUCUCCCUUUCCCUCACGCGAAAUAGCAGCAGCAGCUUACUUGGCGGCCUGCCUCCCGCUGCACCAUGAGGGUGUCUUCGACACUCGCGCUCCUCGGCCUAGUUGCCAUGGUAGCCGGUAAUCCGUCCAAACCCCGAAAUUACGAUGCCAACGAUUAUUAUGUGCUCGAACUCGAUUCCUCGACAUCCCCGGACUUGGUCGCGGCGCGGCUGGGGUUAAGACACGAGGGGCAGAUGGCCGGGCUCGAGGGGCAUCAUAUCUUUGCUGGAAAGCGGGAGCGUCAUGACGUGGUCACGCCUGUGUUACACGAGAGCAAGAGGAGGAAACGAGACUUGGGUGGCUCGGAUAUUCUCGAAGGCGUCAGGUUCGCGCAGAGGCAGGUUCCUCGCAAGCCAUGGGAGAAGAGGGCUCUGCUGCCUACGCGGCCUACGCGGCCUCCGCGCUUCUACUCGGAUGCGAGGCAAGCGGAUCUUGGACUUCUUCAGAGACAGCGCCAUGUUAUGGACACUCUGAGCAUCAGCGAUCCCAUCUUCGACAAGCAGUGGCACCUGCUGAACACCCUUCAACCCGGCCACGACCUCAACGUAACGGGCUUGUGGAUGCAGGGCAUCACGGGUAAGAAUGCAACUGUAGCCAUUGUCGACGACGGGCUGGACAUGGACAGCGAUGAUCUCAAGCCCAACUACUACGCCGGGGGCUCGUACGAUUUCAACGAUCACCGACCCGAACCCAAGCCUACGCUGUCCGAUGACAGGCACGGGACCCGCUGCGCCGGCGAGGUGGCCGCGGCGAGGAAUAAUGUCUGCGGCGUGGGAGUUGCCUAUGACUCUAAGAUAGCCGGCCUGCGCAUCCUGAGUAAACUGAUCACAGACGCGGACGAAGCCCUAGCUAUGAUCUACGACUUCCAGCACAACGAUAUUUACUCGUGCUCGUGGGGACCUCCCGACGAUGGCCGCUCGAUGGAUGCGCCCGGCAUCUUGAUUAAGCGCGCCAUGCUCAAGGGUGUUCAGGAAGGCCGCGGUGGUCUCGGCUCCAUCUACGUCUUCGCCAGCGGGAACGGUGCGAACAAGGACGAUAACUGCAACUUUGACGGUUAUACCAACUCGAUUUACAGCAUUACGGUCGGAGCUAUCGACCGGACAGGCCAGCACCCUUACUACUCGGAGAGAUGCUCCGCGCAAAUGGUCGUCGCGUAUAGUAGCGGUGCCGGCGAUGCCAUCCAUACGACUGAUGUUGGACAAAACACCUGUUACGACCAGCACGGCGGCACCUCGGCCGCUGCACCGCUCGGCGCAGGUGUCUAUGCUCUGGUGCUGUCGGUGCGGCCCGACCUGACCUGGAGGGACUUGCAGUGGCUCCAAAUGGACACCGCCGUGCCUGUCAAUGUGGAAACGGAGGAAUGGCAGGAUACGGCCAUUGGCAAGAAGUUCAGCCACACCUUUGGGUAUGGCAAGAUUGACGCGUACGCCAUCGUGGAAGCGGCCAAGACGUGGAAGAAGGUCAAACCACAAUCGUGGUACUUUUCCCCGUGGGUGCACGUCAACCAGGCCAUCCCGCAGGGCAACGAAGGUCUGGUGAUUGAGCACGAGGUCACGGCAGAUGCGCUUAAGGACGCCAAUUUGGAGCGUGUGGAACAUGUCACUGUCACGAUGAAUGUGAACCAUACGCGGCGUGGUGACUUGAGCGUGGACCUGAUCAGCCCUGAAGGUGUGGUCAGCCACAUUGCGACGGCGCGUGAGAACGACCAGACCAAUGCCGGGUAUGAUGACUGGACUUUUAUGACGGUGGCACACUGGGGUGAAUCUGGUGUGGGCAACUGGAAGGUGAUUAUCAAAGACGGAAAGGUGAACGAGCAUUCGGGCACCUUUGUGGACUUCCACCUCAAACUGUGGGGCGAGUCCAUCGACGCGGCCAAGGCAACGAAGCUCCCGAUGCCGAGCGAAGAUGAUGACAAGGACCACGCCAAGGUGAUCAGCUCCACGACGACCAUGACGGCCUCGACGACGGUCGUCACGCAGUCGGCGGAAGCACCGGCCACGCUUCCCUCGACGGUCCCGACAGACCAACCGGACCGGCCGAAGAUCAAGCCUACGAGCAGCGGCAUGGCGGCGGCGGGCUCGGGGGUGGCGCCGACGGAAACAAGCGCGGCGACGCAGACUGGCGAGGCGGCACCGACGACGACGGACUCGAACUGGAUAUCGUGGCUGCCGUCAUUUGGGGUCUCGGGCAAGGCGCAGGUCUGGAUCUACGGGGCGGUGGUGCUGAUCGUGGCGUUCUGCGUCGGGCUGGUCAUCUGGCUGUUCAUGGCUCGCAGGCGGAAGCUUCUCAACAACCCGCGCGACGACUACGAGUUCGAGCUCCUCAACGAGGAGGAAUCUCAGGGUCUGAACGCCGGGGAGAAGGGCGUGGGGACGGCCGGCGCGAAGACGCGGCGCACACGGGGUGGCGAGCUGUACGAUGCUUUUGCCGGGGGCAGCGACGAUGAGGAUGGGUUUGAGGAGGGGUACACAGACCAGGAGACGUCCAGGAGGACCGAAAUCGAACGUAGGAGAUUGAGCGAUGACGGCCUUGAGGAGGAGCAACGGCAUGUGAUUGGGGAUGACGACGACAGUGACGAGGAGGAGCUGGAUGAGAAGCGACACGGGCAAUCUUCACGUGCAGUGUGAUACGGAUGGUAUGAUUUCUCCCCCCCUUUUUAUUUCUUUUUUGGGAGGGCUGUUAAUUUACUUGAGCGUAUGCAUCGUUUGGAAAUACCCUCUGUAAUAUGUCCAGCGUCCUACGUCGUACGGUUGAGGGGCCAGCCCAGCAUUAUCAGGUUGUUAUAUGUUGAGGCACCUACGUAGAAUAACUCACAUAGAACUCAUCGUGGUUGACUAGAGGGAUUAGGCGUUGAUUUGAUUGGGUUUUCCAUACACUUUCUUGCAUCCUAUUGAUGUCG